AUGAUUAAAGAACAAAAGAGGCUUGCAGAGGGACUUCUGGUAACUCUGAAGGUCUUUGUUCGUUCCCGAAAUGGUCUGGCAAUGAAAAUUGUGCGAGAGCACUAUCUUCGUGAUGAUAUUCCUUGCUACUCAUUGGCAUGCUCGGAGUGUCUUGACAUUGUCAAACCUGACGCUCGUGGUGAAACGCCGAAGUUUAUUUUGAGCUCGAAGCCUACAAAGUGCAAUUCUGCUACUAAUGGACAUUACUUGGUCGUCGACACUAAUAUCAUUUUGCACGCGAUUGAUCUUCUUGAGGGCGAUUUGGGAUUCUACGACGUCAUCAUUCCUCAGACAGUGCUUGAAGAGGUUAAAAACCGUUCCAUCCCCAUAUAUCAUCGUUUGAGAGCACUUGUCAGAAAGGAAACAAAACGGUUUGUUGUGUUUCACAACGAGUAUCUGGAAGAUACCUACGUUUCGCGCUUGAGUAAUGAACUGAUCAAUGAUCGCAACGAUAGAGCGAUUCGUAAGACUGCUAAAUGGUACCAAAAGCAUCUUGAAUCCAAAAAUAUUGAUAUUGUGUUUCUCUGCAAUGAUAAUGACAACCGGUUCAAAGCUAAGAAGGAAAAUAUCGAUGCCCGUUCUCUCAUUGAAUAUAUCGAUGAUUUACCCAAUGCUGAUGAAUUACGCGACCUAGUUCCAGCCGAUAUGACUUCAUUUGAUGAACUUCAUCUGUCAGAUAUCAUGUUCCCCGAAUAUUACUCAAAUGCGCGCAUCAUGGCUGGCGUCAAAAAUGGUACUGUUUUCCAGGGUAUCUUGAAUAUUUCUCAGCACAACAUUCUUCAAGGCCAAGUGAACGUAGCUCAGUUCAAGAAACCCUUGCUUUUGAUGGGAUCAAAAAACUUGAAUCGUGCUUUUAACUCGGAUGCAGUUUUUGUUGAGUUGCUUCCUAAAAACCAGUGGAAAGAGUUUUCAUAUACUAUCGUUGAGGAAGACGCUUUAGGUGGUGAAAACCCAGAUGAUGAGAAUAUUGUUGAACCUGUAAUUUCAGACAAGGAACGUCAGCUUUUAGCACAAGAAGCAAUCAAAGAAACUGCAGCUAACCGCAAAGAUGAUUCUGACAAAAGGUUACAGCCAACUGCUCGUAUCGUUGGUAUUCAAAGGCGCUCAUGGAGAUACUACGUAGGCCAAAUCGAUCCUUCCCUGGUUGAUGAAGCCGGUAAUGCAGUUCGUGACUGCUUCGUUAUUCUCAUGGAUAAGCAACUUCCUAGAAUAAAGAUUCGAACUCGUAAGGCGGCAGAGUUAGUGGGCCAGCGCAUUGUUGUUGUUGUGGAUCAAUGGACGACCACUCUGCGCUUCCCUCAUGGCCACUUUGUGCGUGCAUUAGGCCCGAUCGAAAGCCCAGAGGCUGAGACUGAAGCCCUUCUCUUGGAACAUGAUGUUGAGUAUAGACCUUUUUCCAAAAAUGUUUUGGACUGCUUGCCUAAAGAAGGAGACGAUUGGAAGGUGCCUGAGGAUCCUAACGAUCCGCUGAUGGUUGGUCGCGUUGAUUUAAGAGAUAAGUUGGUUUGUCUGAUUGAUCCGCCCUCCUGUGUUGACAUUGAUGAUGCCUUACACGCCAAACGUUUAUCUAAUGGUAAUUUCGAAGUUGGAGUCCAUAUUGCCGACGUAACCCACUUCGUGAAACCGGGCACAGCUCUUGACGCUGAGGGGGCUCUGCGGGGAACGUCAGUUUACCUCGUCGACAAGCGUAUCGACAUGUUGCCAAUGCUUUUGGGAACCAACCUUUGUUCCCUCAAACCUUACGUGGAUCGCUUUGCCUUUUCAGUAAUUUGGGAACUUGACAGCGGUGCCAACAUUGUUGACGUCAAAUUCAUGAAGCUGAUUAUUAGGUCUCGUGAAGCCUUCUCAUAUGAACGCGCGCAAGAGAGAAUUGACGACAAACUGGACAAUGACGAACUUACAAACCUGAUGCGUAUUUUGCUCGACCUUUCUCAAAAGCUCAAACAACAACGAGUCGAUAAUGGUGCUCUUAACUUAGCAUCUCCCGAAGUUAAGGUUUAUGUCGAUUCUGAGACACUGGAUCCAAAUGAGGUUGAAAUUAAAAAACCGUUCGCGACGAACUCAUUGGUUGAGGAAUUCAUGUUAUUGGCUAAUAUAUCAGUGGCUCGCAAGAUCUAUGAAGCUUUCCCUCAAACUGCGAUGUUGAGACGUCAUGCGUCGCCACCUCUGACCAAUUUUGAGGAGCUUAAUGAUAUGUUAAGCGUACGUAAGCCGGGUAUGGCGAUUUCCUUGGAGCUGUCGAAGGCUUUGGCCGAUUCUUUGGAUAGAUGUGAAGACGGCAAUGAUCCUUAUUUCAACACUCUCUUGCGUAUCAUGCUGACUCGUUGUAUGAUGGCUGCGGAGUACUUUGCGCUGGGAAUGUAUGGAAGGUCGGAGUUCCGGCAUUAUGGUUUGGCUGUCGAUAUCUAUACCCAUUUCACGUCGCCUAUCCGUCGUUAUUGUGAUGUCGUCGCCCAUCGGCAAUUAGCUGCUGCUAUUGGGUACGAGACUCUUGAUUUGUCCCACCGUGAUAAGGGCAAAAUGGAGCUUAUCGUAAAAAACAUCAAUAAGCGUCAUAGAAAUGCUCAGUUUGCGGGUCGGGCAUCCAUUGAAUACUACGUGGGUCAGGUGAUGCGCAAUAACGAACUGGAACACGAAGGGUACGUCAUCAAAUGUUUCAACAAUGGUAUUGUGGUUCUUGUCCCCAAGUUUGGUGUUGAAGGUCUUAUUAAGUUAGACACGAUUGGUGAUGUAGCCACAGCUGAAUUUGAUGAAGAGAAGUACGAGUUACACUUCACUGACUUUAGUGGUACUCGUCGUAAAGUGGGAGUUUUUGAUAGAGUUCAAGUGGAUGUGAAGCUGAUUAAAGAUGAAGUACUGGGUAAGCGUAAAGCUCAAUUGUUAUUAAAGUAA